CGACUGAAUAAUAAUAAUCACUAAAACUUUCCUGGACCUGAGAUCAUGCUGAUGUUGCUACUGUGAUCUGUUUGCUGCACUCCAUAGGUCAAUUGUCGCCCCGAUCCAGCUGUUCUGAAAUCUACUUCUUCACCCAGCAAUCGUCCUCUUCAGCAGAAAUCCCCCGAUUUUUAGGCUAGUCUUCUUGCUGCUUAUUUAGUCUGGUUGCCACUGUGUGACCUGCCAGUCCAGUAGCAAAGUUUUCUCCUCAUCCUCUUUCUCAAUCUUGGUUGAAACAACAUUUCAACUUUCCAACUCUUGUCAACAUGUCGAUCUCUUCUCUGCGAGGCCUUCUUUCCAGUUACUCUCCCGUUUCAGAGGGAUUCAGUCAACCCGAUCUGGAAAAAGAGGUUCAUGUUUCCCUUCGAAAUGGCGACGACAGCGAGUCUUCCUCAUCCCGGUCUGUCUGCCGGGAAAAAGCGGAGAAGAAGGAGUCCAAGAUUGUUGACGGACGUAUCGUCUCCGACGCUAUCAUCGGUCUCUCCGACGGCAUGACGGUCCCCUUUGCUCUAACCGCAGGCUUAUCUGCUUUGGGAGACACCAAGGUCGUGGUCUUUGGCGGCAUGGCCGAACUCAUUGCAGGAGCCAUCUCCAUGGGAUUGGGAGGCUACUUGGGUGCAAAGAGCGAAGAGGAGUCCUACCGCGCAACCCUGAAAGAGACGAAGCAAGAGAUCCUGACUGACCCCGCUUCGGUGACCGAGACGAUCUCCGAUGUCUUUGCGCCCUAUGAUCUCCCCGCAGAGCUUGUGGGAGAGCUCACGCGACACCUCUCCUCAUCCCCUAACCUCCCCUCCUUCCUCAUGAAUUUCCAUCACACCGUCCAAGAACCCUCUGGUUCUCGUGCCUUCAUCUGCGCCUUGACCAUUGCACUGGGAUACUUCAUCGGUGGCUUCGUGCCACUCCUGCCCUACUUCUUCGUUGGGCCUCAUGAUGUACUCUCUGCUCUGCGCUGGUCAAUCGCCACGAUGGCCGUUGCUCUGUUUCUGUUCGGAUACGGCAAGACAUGCUUUGUGAGCGGAUGGAAGGGAUAUCGGAACAUCAGACGCGGCGUCAUUGGCGGCUUGCAGAUGGUUCUAGUCGGAGGUGUUGCAGCAGGCUCUGCAAUGGGGCUGGUGAAGGGAUUCCAGAUGCUGGCAGACUCUCAUGGUCAUGAGCAUUAGCCGAGCAUGAGAAGCAGUCCAGUCCAUGACAUGAUUGUUAAAAAUGGCGUUUUUGGCGGGAUGACAAGAGUUCAAAAUGGUAUCAUCUUCGGCGUUGUUAGGACUUGAUUUGGAACAUGUACAUAGAUCUAUUAAAUCAAG